GAGGCGUGGAGGGGGAGGCGAAGAGAGUCGCGAUGAUGCGCGGCGGCAUGAGCGCACUGAUCCUUUGCUGCCUGGUUCUGUUGGUCCGAGGCAACCCGUGGAGGUUCAGACCGGACUCCAGCAACUGUGAGCUCAACAAGAAACAAACAGACUUAAACUCCUUCUUGUGGACUAUCAAACGAGACCCUCCCUCGUAUUUCUAUGGCACAAUCCACGUUCCUUACACUCGUGUGUGGGACUUCAUCCCCGAGAACUCCAAGCAGGCCUUCCAAGAGAGCAACAUCGUUUACUUCGAGCUAGACCUAACCGAUCCUUACACCAUCUCUGCCCUGACUAGCUGCCAGCUGCUUCCUCAGGGCGAGAACCUGCAGGAUGUUCUACCCAGGGACAUCUAUCGCAGACUUAAGAGGCACCUGGAGUAUGUCAAACUCAUGAUGCCUUCGUGGAUGACGCCAGAUCAGAGAGGGAAGGGACUCUAUGCGGACUACCUCUUCAACGCCAUCGCCGGGAACUGGGAAAGGAAGCGGCCUGUCUGGGUCAUGCUAAUGGUUAACUCGCUGACCGAGGCGGACAUUAAGACUCGAGGCGUGCCCGUUCUGGACCUGUACCUGGCCCAGGAGGCGGAGAGGAUGAAGAAGAGGACAGGAGCUGUCGAGAAAGUGGAGGAACAGUGUCAUCCCCUUAAUGGGCUCAACUUUUCCCAGGUCAUCUUUGCCCUCAACCAGACUUUACUACAGCAGGAGUCUUUAAGGGCCGGCAGCCUUCAGGUCCCGUACACAACGGAAGACCUCAUCAGGCACUACAACUGCGGGGACCUGAACUCCAUCAUCUUCAACCACGACACCUCACAGGUCCCAAACUUCAAUAACGUAACAUUGCCGCCCAGCGAGCAGGUGACUGCCCAGGAAAUAGACAGCUACUUCAGACAGGAACUCAUCUACAAGAGGAACGAGAGAAUGGGGAAAAGGGUGAAAGCCCUGCUGGAAGAGCACACAGACAAGAGCUUCUUCUUUGCCUUUGGAGCAGGGCACUUCCUGGGUAACAACACAGUCAUUGAUGUGCUUCGUCGCCAAGGCUACGAGGUAGAGCACACCCCUGCCGGGCAGCCCAUAAACAGGAGAUCAUCACCCAGAUCAGAUUGGAGUGAGCCAGAGGACCGUCAUGACGGGUCCCCUCUCCUCGAGCCUUUCCUCCACGAACUCCCAGAGGACCAACGUCUGACCCACAUGUUUCUGCCUUCGGACAGCCUGGAACUGCUGGAUAAAACCGAGAAGAAGAUGCUCAAGAAAAAACGGAGAAACAAGCAGAAGAAACAGCGGCACAGGCAUUUCAAUGACCUCUGGGUCCGCUUAGAAGAGAGCGUCGUAGCCCAGUCUCCGCAACUCCCCCGCGUCGUCAAUGGUUACAUCACAAUGAAGCCCCCAAGACGAGACUUCAACCACCACAACUAUUAUAACGUGGCCUCCGCCUCGUCGCUCUGCUCGUACUCACCGAUCCUCCUCUUUGCCUCACUGAUUCAUCAGAUGUGCAGCAUAUUUCUCUAGCGCAGUAUUUGUUACGCUCGACUACAAUAAAGAGAAUCUUAUGGACUCCUUUUGGAGAACGUGUGGAGGUGAUGAAAUCAAGCUGUUGGGAUUAUAGUAUCAACCACGGAUAUCAAACAGAUGUAUUUGGGACAAUUUGCUCCAGCAAUCCUGGUUUUGUAUCCAUUUAACAAAACGAGGCCUUGAAGAGAAUGGAAGGGCACUAUCACAGUAUGCGUUUCAAAUAUUAACAGUUUCUGCGUUUUAAAGAAAACAAAUGGUACAUAAAAAUACAUACAACAUGUCAGUUCCUUUAUUUGUGAGUGUUAUAGCACGAACAUCUUAUUUACAUACAGUGGCUGGAAUAAAUAUUGAACACAUCACCCUUUUUUCUCACUAAAGAUAUUUCUAAAGCUCCUAUUCGCAUGAGUUUUGCCAGAUUUGAACAACCCAAGUAAUCCAAACAUACAAAGAAAGUAAAAACAAAUAAGAUCGGAAGUUAUGUGUCAUGUGAAAUGAUACAAGGGGAAAAAGUAAGGUAUUCAAGUCCUACUUUCUACAAAGGCCUUUGUUUGCGCUGUGAUAGCUUCAGUACACCUCAUGUUUGGAGAAACCAGUCGCAUGCAUGGUUCUGGUGUGACUUUGGCGCAUUCCUCCACACAAGUAGUCUUCAAAUCUUUCAGGCUUUGCUCAUGGAUCUUGAGUUCCAUUUCUUUCCAAAGGUUUUCGAUUGGAGUGGAUCAAGUGAUUGGCUGGAACAUUGUGGCAGUUUUAUUAUUAUUUGUAUUCUUUGAAACCAGUUGAGAGUUUUCAUAGCAUUGUGUUUUGGAUCACUAUCCUGAUUAAAUGUCCACCCUCAUUUCAUUUUUUCAUCCUCGCAGACAGCAGAAGAUUUUUGUUGAAAAAUUCUUGGUACAUUUACCCAUUCAUCCUUCUUUUGAUAAUAUGACGUUUACCAGUACUAUUUGUUGAAAAGCUUCCCCAGACUAUGAUGUUCCCACCUCUGAACUAAACUGUUGUUAUGAUGUUUUUGGGGUGAGUUGCAGUGCCAUUUCUCUUCCAAAUAUUGUAUGCUUUAUGGCCUCCAAACACUUAAAUUUUGCUCUCGUCAGACCUAACUAUAUUCUCCUGGUAUCUAAUGGGCUUGUCCAAAUGUUCAUCAAACUCCAAACAAGCUUUGACAUCUUUUUUUUUUUUGGCAAUAAGGUCUCACGUAAUGAGCAUGCGUAAAGGCCAAGGUGGCAGAGUGCAUUAUUCACAGUUUUUCUGGUGACAAGAGUGUGUGUUAAUUCUACAUCUUUUUGAAGAUUCCACAAGUGGUCCUUUGGCUCUUGGACAACUCUUCUGAUUAUUCUUUGCGCUCCUCUGUCAGAAAACAUGCAAGGAGCACCUGAUUGAGGCAAAUUUAUGGUGGUAUGAUUGGCUUUCCACUUUCGUAUUAUGCCCCCAACUGAAAAAGCUUUGUUAUGCACCUGUAACCAAUCAGGUUGCACUCCACUCUUACCCAUCAUGGGAGGUGUCUUGAUUCACACCUUGGCAAUGAGAUCUUUUUUGAAAGACAUCAGUUAGGACUGAACCAGCUUAUAUCCAUCUGCACUGAUAAGGAACUGGGUUGCUGUUUGAUCCUUGAUCGAUUUUAGGUAUUGUCUUGGCUUUCCAUGCCAUUUUUCACCUUCCUUUUUUCACAUGUUCAAUACUUUUUCCCAAUAUCAUUUCAGAUUAUUACACAUAACUGAAUUUCUGAUUUGGUUUUACUUUCUUUUUCGGUAUGGAUUCCUUAGGUUGUUCCCAAUAUCUCAUUUUCAUGUUAAUAGCACCAUGUUAAAUACUCAUUUCUGCUGCAGUAUCUUAACAGUUACACCCUCACCAUUAAUGUGUCUCUUUAAGCGUGAAUGCGUAUGUGCGUCUGUCUGUGUUUCGAAUCAAUAAGCUCUUAAGUCGUCCUGGCCUUGUUGAAAGCAGUUUUUCCAGAUUUUAAUUUAUUCUUCCAUAUUAGAAGAAUCUGAAUUUGUGCUAAAUAUGUUACAUAAUAGCUUAUGUCAGGGGAAAUAUGUAUAUAUUGUCUAAAUAUUAUAGCUGUAUUUUAGAAUUUUACAAACAGGAAUAUCAUACAUUGUUUAUAUGAAUAUAUACAUAGGUAUGCAGUAUAUUUUUGGACAAAAUCAGGAGCUAACCACCAUAAGUGUACCGUGUCUCUCACUGAAAAGCAAGCUUUUUUUUUGGGGGG